GGUAUUUGUUAGUCCGUCACAACGUUCAUUACAACAAAUUUUAUUUCGAUUCAACUCAAACGAACCGAUUCAAAAUUACACCUUGAAUACAAUUUCAUAUGGUACGUCAUCCGGUCCGUACCUAGCUACGAGGUGUUUAGUUUCCCUCGCCGAUCAGUGUGAUAAUACCGAUGGUGCGCGUGCUAUACAGCAUGAUUUUUAUAUAGACGAUUUUAUAAGCGGUGGUGACAGCAUACCGGAAGUAGUCGAUAUGUGCAAGUCCGUCAUUCAAACAUUAAUGUCCGCUAAAUUUAAUUUGCGUAAGUGGCAGUCGAAUUGCCCAGAAAUUUUAAAUUUAAUAAAUUCAUUAAAUUGUGAUGACAAUCAUUUUAUGAAUCUUUCCGAAGCCUUACCUUCUAAGACAUUAGGUCUAUAUUGGAAUUCUAAUUUAGACAUCUUAACCUUUUCAGUUUCUAUUUGUGCACCCAAAAAACUUACAAAACGACACAUAUUGUCGGUCAUUAGUCAGAUUUUUGAUCCCUUAGGACUGGUUGGUCCAUGCAUAGUAACAGCUAAAAUGAUAAUACAAAAAAUAUGGAUCUAUAAAUGUGGCUGGGAUGAUAUAGUACCAGCUGAUAUUCAGAAAUCUUUUCUAGACUUUGUAAAAUCAUUGUCACAUUUAAAUAAAACUUCCAUUCCUCGUUGGGUAUCCUCCGAUGCGGCUGUUGACAUACAGUUACAUACAUUCUCAGACUCGUCGGAGCGCGCGUACGGCGCGUGUGUGUACGUCAGGACGGUGGACAGAGAGGGGCAGGUUUGCGUUCGUCUUCUAACUUCAAAAAAUAAAAUAUCUCCAUUAAAGGCAGCUACCAUUCCGCGCCUGGAGCUAUGCGGAGCUUUAUUAGGCACUAGACUUGCUAGCAAGGUUCAAAGUUCCCUGACAAUUCCUAUAAAUAACUGUUUUUACUGGUGUGAUUCAACAAUCGUACUAGCAUGGUUGUCUACAUCGCCCAGCGUCUUAAAGCAGUUUGUGAGGAACAGAGUUGGAGAGAUUCAAGAUGUUACCUGUAACUCACAGUGGAGCUACGUGCCCUCUAAACAAAACCCAGCGGACCUCGUCUCGAGAGGGGUUGGGGCUGACCAACUAAAUGUUUCUUCGUUGUGGUGGUCAGGUCCAGAGUUCCUUCAACACAAAGAAAUACAAUAUCCACAGAUACCCAACUUACAACAAAAUUCAUUACCUGAAAUAUCUUUACAUACACAAACCAACAACAAUGAUAAAACACAAAACAUCAUAUCUAUUCUAAUACACAAGCUUUCCUCAUUCAACAAACUCAUACGUAUAUACAGUUAUAUACAACGUUUUGUUUACAAUACCAGACAUAAACUUAAUAAAAAACAUGGCUAUCUUUCAUUUAGCGACUUACAAACAUCAAAAUAUAACCUUAUUCAUAUUGCUCAAAUGGAAAUGUUUCCUAAAGAGUAUGACCUGUUAACGAGAAAGCAAUCAUUACCAAAAAAUGGUAGGUUAACAUCACUAUCGCCUUUUCUUGAUUCAAACAACUUAAUUCGUGUCGGUGGGCGACUCAAGAAUUCCUUUUACACUUUCGAUACAAAACACCCCAUUCUACUCUGUUCCAAACACCAUCUCACUCAUUUAAUAUUUGAAAUGUAUCACUCAACAUUGUUACACGGCGGUCCGCAGUUACUAUUGGCAAAUAUAAGGCACACUUAUUGGGUUCUAGGUGGAAGAAACCUGGCAAAAAAGAUAUUGCAUAAAUGUAUGCGUUGCGCUAGAUUCAGGCCUAAGUACAUCCAGCCUAUAAUGGCCGACUUGCCAACUGAUAGGACAAACUUAGAAUUUCCUUUCAUUACAACUGGAAUUGACUAUGCCGGACCAGUGAUGAUUGCCAAUCGAAAGGGUAGAGGAUGCACAUUAUUGAAAUCAUAUAUUUUAAUAUGUGUCUGUUUUGCAGUUAAGGCCGUGCACCUGGAGCUUGUCACCGAUCUGUCUAAGGAAGCAUUCUUGGCUGCGCUGGCUCGCUUCACGGCUCGUCGGGGUAAACCCCGCUGUAUCCAUGCCGAUAAUAGUACUACCUUUGUAGGCGGUUUUAAUGAGCUUAAUUCAUUUUUAUCAAAUAAUUCAGACGCAAUUCAAUCAUCAAUUAAUGAACAAGAGAUCCAAAUGGAGAAGCUCCAGAGGCCAGCUGCAAGAAGGAGACCUGGUUCUACUGAAGGACGCCUCACAACCUCCACUCCUAUGGCUCAUGGGACGCGUCACUGCCAUCGAACCAUCCAGCGACGGCCUUGCAAGAAUUGUCCAAGUCAACACGCGAAAAGGACUAUUACGCCGAGCAUAUCAAAACUUGUGCUUACUACCUAAAAAUUAGAUUUUGACUUUGUCAACGCCGGGGAGUGUUUCGUUUUAAUAAUUAAUUUAGUAUAUUCAUUCAGUAGAUUCAUUCAGUAGAUUCAUUCAAUCGUUCAUUCAUGUAUUCAUUCAUUCAAUUUACAUCUAUCAUGGUGGCUAGCUCGAUAUUGUGACCUUACAAUAAACCUCUGUUUAAAGUC